UUAGGCGCGAACAACCCAGGGUACUUAAUCGGGAGAAUAAGUCGGCAUUGUGAAUAUGUUGGUCCAGCCACUGCCAUCGAUUGAUGGACCCUGAAAGUUGCUUACAUUAGCGCCGAGUGGCAAAUUCGGCCUCACGCUUAACAAUCAUGCAUGGCGUGGCCUUACCCCGGAAGGGAUCGCAUUAUAUCAGUAUAUGGGCAGUCUGAGUGUCAGUGUCGUUUGGGGGUGCGACUACGUAGUCCAUUUAGGGGGCCGCGCGCGUCUGGGCCUGUAUAAAAGCUCAACCUGGUGCCCUGCUCUUACCCGCUCAUAGCUUGCGCAAGCGAGCUGCAAGUACCAUCGCACCGCUAUAAGAACAAGCCUUGUUGAUACAGGAUCAAGUGCCGCCUCUUCUUGUGAUCGAUGUCGCCACAACGAAAUCCGCAGUCAGGAGAGGAUUUACUCCCUCGAAUCAAGAAUGCAUAUCGCUUGCUUGCCCUUUUCACCGAACAGGGAAGCAACGGGCUUGUCCAUAAAGUCGUCAUUCCCCAAGAUUCCCUUCGAAACCUGAUGAACGUUCUCCGUCCUGGAGCUUUCGAAUCGAUGACAAAGAUCAAUUUCGCUGCGCUUGAUGAGGUGCUGCUCAAACCUGUUGGAAUUUACGGCAGCAGGUCUCGUAUAGUUGAAUUCCUCGAAGAAGUUGGCGCUAUCGAUGCAUCUACUGCCCGGGAACUUUUGACGCCAUUACCUCCCAGCGGGGUUCCUUCAGGCCCUUAUCUAAGAACAGGAAUAUAUCUCAUCCUUGAUGCCCAACGGAGAGAAGAUUCUAUGGAUCCGGGUACAGGCCUAGUGCAACCUUCCUUCGUCCUCUAUUGGCCCGAGGAAAAUACCUGGGAUGACAAUGCAACAGGUGACAUCUCCAGAAAUCGCGCAACUUUCAUGCAUUACUUAGGCCGGCUGAGCAAUCAGAUGGUCGCCCUUCUUUCCAAGGAGCAUAUGGAAAGUAUCGUAUGGGAUGAAGAUACCACCGCCGAAGGGGAGGGUUUCGACUCAGAUGAGGAGGGUGAUGAUCGAGUUUUUGCAUUUACCGUCCAGAAAACUGUCGAACAAGAAGAAAACGUGACGGCACAUGCUGGAUUUAAGAUUCCCAUCCCAUCUGCGUCGUCUCCAACUGCGGACUCAUAUCUUCAAAGCACUGAAGGACUGGACGAAGUCCGGAAAUCGCGAGUGGUGCCAGGCGAUACGCGCCAGGCAUUAUUAGAGACACAGUUUGUUCCUCAACGUAGCUCCCCAAAGAUGGUUAUUCAUGACAUCAAUCGAUUUGCCCUUCGGACAAAGCUCAAGGAUCCUCUCCAGUCCAUCCAACUGGCGGACGAACUUCAUCCUGCGGCACUGGAAAUUCUCAUCGAAAAUGGUUUGAAUGACCGUUUUAAGUCCCUUUUUGAAGACUUCGAGAAGAGCAGGAAGCGCGAAAGUCGCACACUUGAUGAGGAAAUUGAAUCGCGUUAUGCUGUUGCCAAACAACAGCUCGAUGAUGACUUGCUUCGGCUACAGCAUCACAUUUCGAAUCAGCUCGUGGAGCGUUCAAUAGAUCUAUAUCCCGCAUUGGAAUCGGAUCUGGUUUCACUCGUGAAAGACACCACGUAUCAAGGCCCGGAAGACGUCAUUAGGCACCCGCAGCUGCCCCUACAUGAUGAUGUCUUUGGCCGACUGAGAUUUCAUUCCAUCGUAGCUCACGGCUUCCGACAGCUUAAACGCCGCUUCAUAGCCUCGAUUGAAGUCCUCAAAUCUCGCGCCGCGGUGGACGACCUACCAAAGGUCACCCCAGAUGAACUGCAGAAGCUUGACACAGCUAUCGUGACAGGGCUCAAUUGGGAUAAGGCAAUAGCCUCCAUUCUUAAUGGACCGUCCCCGUCCGAGAGCAGUCUAUAUUCACCAGUGAAGAUUUUCAACACUGUUACUUCGAAAUUCACGAGCUUUGGAUGGUUGAAAGCGCAGAAUGAAUCUGGUUCGUUUAUCAAAGCGCUUAUGCGGGAGACAGCUCCAAUGAGCGAUCCCGUAUUCAUCCAACGCAUCAGCCAUGGGGAUUAUAGUGAACUCCAUGAUGCCGUGGCCGAAGUCCACAGUCAGGCGUCAAAAUGGCUCUUGAGCACCAUGGCAUCCAAAUCUCAGGAGUUAGCUAAAUUGGAAUCUGAAUCAUAUCACAGACGUUGGAAGUCUGAUUUAUACACAAAAUAUAGUCUCAAGUCUCAAGAGCAAAAAGCUGAGCAUUUGUUGCAACUUAGGGCUCUACUGAACGAUGCGAGCAAAAACGAGGGCGUAAAAAGUCGCCUGCUACGGAUCCACGAUAUCGUUCCUGAUCGUAGUUACUAUGGAUACAACAAUUUCAAAUUUGCUGUCACAGAGUUGAAAGAUGAACCUGCCCACUUUGUGUGCACGUUACACCCACUUGGAGUAAUGUCCGAUGAUCUCCAACGUCUUACUGUGGAUACUUCGUUUGUACCGCGCCCCAUUUUCCGCACCGGGGCCCACUCCGUCCGCUUCACAAUACCAGCUACUUCGAGAUUACGGUACAUUCAGCUUUUGGAACGUUCAAAAUGUCUCGUAGUCGUGGAGGACUCGUCAUCCGGCAGGAUCUGUAUCUAUCUCGAUGAGGACGUUCAAAUGCCCGACAUGUUGCAUUCUCGAAGGACUAAGAAGGAGUUUACCUUUGAACGAAUGGGAAAGGAUUUCUUGUUUUGUGUCAAUGAACCAAGAAGAUUGGUGGCAUUGUUGGAUGCCAAGUGCCGUCUCCACGUGUUUUCAAUCGACGAAUCAUAUACGAGCAUCAAUUUACGUGGCUCUCCGGUUGACCUUGGACGAUUAUUGAUGGGCUCCGAUGCUGAGGCCAAAUUUUUGAAGAUGUGCUUCAUAAACGGUUUAGAUGAAAUCCUCUUCCUCGAGAACUCGGGACAUCUUAGGAUAUACUCUCUGGUGCAAGAGCAAUUCAAGCCAGCGUUUGUGAAAUUGGAACCACCUCCAACAGACGUGUAUUCCAGUCCGGAUGGCUCGUGUGUCUUCAUUACGGUACCAAAUAGUUCGGGCGCAGUGGAGACGAUAGCUUAUCACACGGCAUCAUUUGGCGGAAAAUCCCAAGGCAUCCCGCUUCAACUCCCUCAGGUCUUUACGUCGGUUCCGACGACCAUCACAUCAUUUGUUACACGAAGGAACGCUUACCUGAUGGCUAUCGAGGAUGACACAGGACAGCUCAGUGCAGUUCGUUUCGAGAUCACAAAUAAGGCUAGCGAGUUCACUUUCCGUCCUCAUGGGAAAGCCAAAGGGGAUUCAAAAAAAGAGUCAACGUACAAUUCACUCAUUGAUUGCCAUUCCGAAGUUUGGACCAAGUUCCCCGUUGUGUCUACGAUAAGCAGAAGUCCUUCAUUCAUGGCUUGGCGCUCGCCUUCUAUCACCUUCACUGCAGCGAAUAAUUCGAUUCCCAUCGCUCGUCUACGAUCUCACUUUUCACGAAUGAUCCAAUCAUUUGAGCAUAGAACGCGAAAGCCAACGGAUGGCAGACUGGCUGCUAUUGACAUUCAGUACAGUACAAGCCUGUCUUUGCGCGAGUCUAUUCCUUCGGAAGUCACUACAUACUUCACUGGAAAGUGGAUUGUUGAUCUCAUAUGCUUGAUACCGAUUCACAUCGCCGUUGCCACUUCCAACCGUUUCACGCCACUCGAGGAUGGUGUUUCAUCCCCCGAGUUUGAGCAGCGAUUACUAGGUGCUGAUAUAUUAACGAUUGCAGACAGUAUAUCUAUCGGAUGGUAUGAGAGUAUAUUUAAGACCUACAUGGCUUCGAAGCCGGUCAAAGUCGUCUCUUCUAUGGGCGAGCAAUCCGUAGGGAAGAGUUACGCUCUAAAUCACUUUGUGGAUACGUCGUUCGCUGGAUCCGCAAUGAGGUGCACCGAGGGCGUGUGGUUGUCCGUAACGCCAACCGACACAAAUUUGAUUGUGAGCCUUGAUUUUGAAGGAAUACAUUCUAUCGAAAGGACUUCGCAGGAGGACAUGUUAUUGGUUUUAUUCAACGUGGCGCUUUCCAAUUUGGUAUUAUUCCGGAAUAAUUUUGCUCUCUCACGGGACGUUACUGAACUAUUCACGAGUUUUCAAUCGUCGGCCGCACAAUUCGAGCCAUCAGCAAAUCCAGAACUAUUCCAAUCGACUUUGGCAAUUAUAAUCAAAGAUGUUGUUGAUUCCGAUACGAGAGAGAUCGUCCGGGAAUUCCAGCUGAAGUUCCAGAAAAUAGUUCAGGAGGAAAAGGAAGGGAAUUUUAUUUCUAGGUUGCACCGUGGCAGGCUCGAUAUUCUUCCAUGGCCUGUUAUCCAGUCUCCCAAGUUUUACACUUUGAUGAACAAGCUGAAGAAACGGCUAGAUGCUCAGGAUUCAUCUCAUGGCACCGCGUCCGUAUUUUUGGAACGGAUGAAGAUCCUAAUGGCAAAAUUAAGGGCGAGCGAUUGGGGUGCCCUUGAUCAUGCCCUUGCGUCACAUCGAGCACAACUCCUCCAAAACCUCCUGCCCACUGCCCUCGCUUACGGUGUCACGGAGUAUGGAAACGAAGACACCUAUCUCAAGAAUUUGGAUACGGAUGAAGCAGUUCAACCUGAAACUCCCUCUGGAAAUCAUUUUUUCCUUGAAUCGGUCAUGAAGGAACCCAAGAUAAGAGAUGAGCUCUUGGCCAAGGCGCAGCAACAGUGCAUCGCCAUGAUCCCCGGCACACGUCAGAACAUUCCAGAUUCAGAAUGGCUGUUGCCGCUUGCGACGGCCUUGCACCAACAAGCGAAGCAGCGAAUUGAGUACGUCCAGAGAUGGAUUGACUCAAAUACAAUCAGAUUCCCCCCCGAACAGACAGACAUUCAGUUGCUCCGUCGCUAUUUCGGUCAACUUUCACUUGAACUCAUUGCGGGCAUCGAUAUGUGCGGAGUCAAAUGCAAAAACUGCAACCUCAAGUGCAUCCUAUCCAAGUACCACCUGAGCGACCACAAUUGCACCACUGACCACUGCUGUGCCUUGAAGUGUGAUGAAUGCGCCUCCGAGUCCCAGGACUCGGAGAAAAUGUGUAGCAUGAUAGCUGGCCACGAUGGCAAUCAUAUAUGUGACCUGACCCAGCAUGUAUGCGGCGAACCCUGCUACCUGCAGGACAGGAGAGGUUGUCAACAAGCUUGUACAAAACAAAUUGGGCACCAGGAUGCCGUCCACCUGUGCUCUGCGCGCACCCACUCCUGCGGUGAACCCUGUCAUCUCAGUUUGAUCAAGCAAGAUGGUGCACCUUUAUGUUCGAAGCCUUGUGCAAUUGAUUGCCGCGAUUCCCACGAUUCCCACGAGUGCGAAAACAGGCUAACAUGCCCAGCUAAAUGUCAACUAUGCAGUCGAUUGUGCUCGAUUACGUCACAUUCUCACCCACUUCAAAACGGGGCAAUCCACCUCUGCGGGCAAGAUCAUGAUUGCAGAGCGCUUUGUGGGUCACAGGGAAUAUGCGAAAUAGCAUCUGCUCCCCUCUCUAUCGAGACUACAUUCGUCGGUCGCAACGAGACCUUCCAAUAUACUAAGUACACCCAAGAUGCACACAAGCUUUUGUGUGCCGUUCGUAUCCCUCCAAACAAAUUGAAACAUGAUGAAGCGCAUACACAUACAACCAGUGCAGCUGCGUUUCACUAUUGCGAGACACGCUGUCCCUCUUGCCUUUAUUUUUGUACCCUUGCUAUUGAUCAUCAUGGGUUGCACAAUACUACCCAUGGUAAUAUGGAACAGACUUCCUGGAGUUUUGAGGGAGAUGAUUCUACCACUCGAGAGGUUGCCGGUCGGAAGUUUAGCACAGGUGACUCGGGUGCGCCGAUAAACAGUCCUUGUGCUGACGAUACAGUGGAGCACAUUACUCCAAGAAUGAAUCCGGAACCUAACAGGGAUAAGGACUGGAUUACACAUGCUUCCUAUUGGGCGCGAACAGGUUUCCGAGAUCCUUAUUCUCAGGAUCUCCAAGUUGAUUUCUCCAAGUGUGAUUCCGAAUGCAAUGGUGACGAACAUAAGGCCACAGAGAAUAUGAAGGCACAGCGUUCUUUUUGUACCCUCCCUAUGUUCCACAAACCCGCUUCUCCAAGUGCUCGGAAUACUACGGGGUAUACCUCUGGGGACGGACACUCCUUCGAUUGCCAGAACCCGGGACUUCAUCAUGCUGCCUACCAUGUGAUAUUCGUGUUAGACCGUUCGUCAUCCAUGGCUGAGCGGGAUCGGGUCCCACUUGCUGGACAGGCAGCGACUCGUCAGAUUAUUCAUUACAACAAUAACAGAUAUGGUGCUGUGCUGUCCGCAGUUUACAGCUUUUGGACGGCUCGUGCAGGUGCCUCACCAGGGGGCAUACGGCGCGAUACGUACUCUGUAGUCGUGUUCAGAGAAACUGCUGCUACAAUAAUUACCAACGAUCUCACCCGAGAUGCUGACGCGCUUCUGUCGCCCCUCCUGCAUGUGGGCCCUGCUGGGGGAACAAACUUUUCUGUUGCAAUCAGAGAAGCUCAAGGAGUUAUGGAACGUAAUUGGAAUGCGGACAGGAUCCCAUGUGUUAUCUUCCUGUCUGAUGGCGAAGCCCUUACACCGUCGCAGGAGCUACGUGCGAUCUGUGACAGGGCCGUUUCUUUGGGUCGGCCCCUGUCGUUCUUCACCGUUUCCUUUGCAGCUGGAUCCUACUCUCCUGUUCUCGAUUCUAUGACGACUCUUGCGACAGAUAUCUACAGAAGAGCAUCACCAGGAGCAUCUCGCAAUAUCCCAUGCGGGUCAUAUUACGCUAUUGAUUCGCACAAACAUUCCUCGGCAUUGCUGAUUCCAUGCGCCAGACUCGGGGAGCACUUGUGCGACAAUAAAUCCUCCCAUUCUCACUAAGAAAAAGUUGUCUUAAAUUCAGGGGCCUUGAAUUGAUCGAGUCAAACACGUCAUGUAUAUUUACGCCUACCCAGCUUCAACUCCAGAGAAUAGCACUUACCUACCUUUAAACUCCCGUGCGCAUCACGCUGCGAACGGUUCAUCGCGUUUAAUGGAUCAUUACCCAUCGCGUAUGUGUUUGUGACAAUCUUCAUCGAGUGAUGCUCGCGGAUUUGUGAAAGUUCAGUACCAGCGCUGGCCGCAGGCACAUGCCUCGGCAAGGGGAUUAAAGAUAGUUUGUCAGCUGUGGAAGCGGGAUUGAGGACCGAAGCUUACAUAACCGAAUGCGUGGAGGGUGAACGUUGAUUGAUUUACAUAGUUUUCUUUCGAGCCUUAACA